AUGAGUAGCGCCGUGUAUUUGCUAGAUAUUGAGUUUAUGGAAAUGGAGAAAUGCUUCAUAGAAAUGGAAAGUCAGUCCAGCUCCAUUAACCUGCUUACAUGGAAAAUAAAGAAAAGAAAAUGUUUUAUCAAACAUAAUGAGCAAGAGGGCGUAGGAGGGAGGGGCUUCCAGCUGUCCCCGCCCAUGUGGUAUAUAAAGGUCUUCCCACCAUCACUGCAGAGUAUCUUUCCCAGCAUCACCAACAUGAACACUUUGGCUGUCUUCGUCUGCCUCGCCGCCGUCGCCGCGGCCUCCCCGCAGUUCAGGAAUCAGCCCCGACAGACCUUCCAGGACGAGCGUCAGGUGGCCAUCUUGAGGGACGACCGCCAGGAUUCCGGCGACGGCAACUUCAACUACAACUUCGAGGCCGAAAACGGAAUCAGCGUCUCUGCCUCAGGAACCCCAGGCUCUGAGGGCCAGAGCAACAUGCAAGGCAGCUACAGAUUCACCCUCCCCGACGGAACCAUCGCCGAAGUCAGAUACGUCGCCGACGAGUUCGGAUUCCGCGCUGAGUCCCCCCUCAUCCCCACUCCCCACCCCCUCCCCGCCCACGCCAUCGAGCAGAUCCGAUUUGCCGAGGAACAGCGCGCCCGUGGCAUCACCUUCUAAAGUCGAGAUCCACUAUUUCUGGGACGGAGUGAAACUCAUCAAAUCACCAUAUAAUGACUCUGUAAAUACUGUUAGCAGCAGGACUGUUUGCUUCUUCAAAAAAAAUAUUUUAAUAAAAUGAGCAGUAAAUGAA